AUGGCGGGUGAGCCGCAAAAGGAGCAGGCAAAACGGAAUCACAAGGUUAAAGGCAAGGCUCGGGCGAAAGAGGCGAAUGAUCCCGACGAAUUCCGCCUUGCUCUGUGGCCGACUGAUACCCUUGACAAAGAGCUGGCCGGGGAGGGAGACCAGAACCAGAGCCCAGAAACCCAAAGCCAACCCGUUUCUCCAGAAGUGAGGCAGAGCGGCGUGGCAGAGACGAGCAAGAGUGGCGCACCUUCCGUCAAACUUAGCAUGAACUUGAAUAUUGAGAUGGAACUGAAAGCUAAAAUCAAGGGCAGGGUCGAAUUGUCCAUUCUGGGUGGAAAGAAAUGA